AUGCGGGAUCUGCUCCAAGACACGGUCAAUCCGGACGUUAUAGACAGCCAUGGAAGAACGCCUCUAUCUUGGGCCCUAUCUUGGGCCGCUGAGAGUGGCAAGACGGGCAUUGUUCUCACCUUGCUGGAGGAGGGUGCUGAUCUACUGGUGGACAACGGUGCAUACAUCGACGCAGCAGACGUUUCCGGGCGCACACCGUUGUUACUGGCAGCAAAGAACGGUUAUCAUUCCAUUGCUGAGCAUCUCCUUGAACACGGCGCAAACAUUGAGUCCAGAGAUGACGACGGCAACUCGUCCCUUUCAUGGGCUGUCAAGAUGGGACACCGGGCUGUUAUCAAGCUGUUGGUUGAACAUGGCGCGGAUGUACAAGCGGAAGAUGAUCGAGGACAAACACCGCUUGCAUGGGCG